CAGCAAAGCUGUGCAUCUCAGCCAUCUCCUUCACUCCCAAGCAGGCAGACCUCCUGAGCAGCUUCAACAAUGAGCAGCCUAUCAAGAAUCAGCAUGUCCAGCAACUACUCGGGGCGCAACCUCGGUGGUGGAAGUCUGGGCGGAGGUCGGGUGCAGAGGCAGUAUGCUUCUAGUGUCUACGGUGGUGCAGGUGGAAGCGGAGCAAAGAUCUCCGUUGCCUCUGCAGGGUUCGGAGCUGGCGGUGGAAGCUAUGGAAUGGGAGCGGGUGGAGGUUUUUACGGGGCCAGUGCAGGCUUUGGGGCUGGCGGAGGACAGGAUAUCCACGUUGGAGCCAACGAGAAAGCCACCAUGCAGAACCUCAAUGACCGCCUGGCCACUUACCUCGAGAAGGUGCGCAAACUGGAGAGCGCCAACGCCGAGCUUGAGCUGAAGAUCCGCCAGUACUUGGAGAACAAAGUCGGCCCUUCUGCCCGGGACUACUCAGCUUACGAGGCUACCAUCGCCGACUUGCAGAAAAAGAUCCAGGACGCCAUUAGUGUCAAUGGAGGCAUCUUUUUGGCUCAGGAGAAUGCAAAGUUGGCAGCAGACGACUUUAGAACCAAGUAUGAAAAUGAGCUUGCCAUGCGUACAUCCGUGGAAGCAGACAUUGCUGAGUUGAAGAGAGUGCUGGAUCAGCUCACAUUAGCCAGAUCUGACCUGGAGAUGCAGAUAGAGGGCCUCAAGGAAGAACUGAUCUUCCUGAAGAAGAACCAUUUGGAGGACAUGGAGGCUAUGAGGAACCAGAUGAGCGGCCAGAUCAAUGUGGAGGUGGAUGCAAAGCCGCAGGUAGACCUGGCCAGCAUUAUGGCUGAGAUCCGUGAGCAGUAUGAGGGUGUGGCUGCCAAGAACCAGAGAGAACUCCAGUCCUGGUUUGACUCAAAGGCAGAGGAACUCAACAAAGAGGUGGUGCAGAGCACAGAAGUCCUGCAGACGACCAAGACAGAGAUCUCCGAGCUCCGUCGCACAUUACAAGGCCUGGAAAUCGAGUUACAAUCACAACUAAGCAUGAAAGCUGGUCUGGAAAGCACUUUGGCUGAAACAGAGAGCCGAUACUCCAUGAAGCUCCAAGGGCUUCAGAUGCAGGUGUCGUCUCUGGAGGCGCAGCUGUCGCAGCUUCGCGUCGACACAGAACGACAAAGCCAAGAGUACAAGAUGCUGCUCGACAUAAAGACGCGUCUGGAGAUGGAGAUCGCAGAAUACAGGAGGCUGCUGGAUGGAGAAGCCAGCUUUGACAGUAAAGACAAGUCCACAGUGAAAAAGGUCAUCGUGGUCACAGAGGAGAUUAAGGACGGCAAGGUGGUCUCCUCAACCACCUCCUGAUAACCUGUCUGGCAGAAAACCCAAGCAGCAGCGCCUGAAGGACACCAUCUGAAUCAACAGUACUUCCUUCAUAUGCCACUGCCUAUGCAAUAAAAGCCUCUACAACCUU